CCUCCAUGUUUCUUGCAUGAAUGCUCAUAUUUUAGAGGACAUAAGGGUCAAAAUAGUUCAGAUUCUUGCGGUUUCACAACAAUGGUGUGAGAAACUCUCCAUUAUCUUUGCCAGGGCAGAAACCAAAAAGACCCAGAAGAAGAAUACUCUGAACCAGUUCAAGGGUUCAUAUUUCUAGCUUCAUAUUCAUGGAGGGAAGCACAGUGAAAGUAUCGACCAUUCCCCUUUCUGCACUGGCCGAAGAGCUCUUACAGUUCUUAGAGAGUCAUAUUGGCCCUCGCUCCAUUUUCGCUUGCACCAUUGUUACAGAGAGAAGGAACUGGAAGUCCAAAGGCUUUGGUAGAGUCCAGUUUGAGACCUGUAACGAUGCGAAGAAGGCCAACGAUCUCUCUCUAGAAGGCAAACUGGUUUUUCAGGGUAACCACCUCUCUCUCACUCUAGGUUGUGAAGAUAUUGUUCCUAGGCCUUGCAGGGUCGAGAAUCGAGUAAACGGGGGGUUUCUGAAAGUGGGCUGUUUGGUUUAUGAGGAUUCAAUGUCGGUUAUUGGGUCUUGGAAUCUUGUGAAAGCUGAGCUCAUGCCUGAAAGAAAGAGGGUUGAUUUCUAUGUAUCUGAAAGGGGAGAGUUGUUUAAGUUAGAGACGCGCUUUGAAGAUAUAGUGGAGACAUUUGGGUGCCAAAUUGGAGGAACGAAUUUUGAUGCCAUUCUUUUACAGAUCAAGUAUGCCCCACGGAUUUACUGCAAAGUUCCAAGUUCAUCAAAAUGUGGAAGAGACAGAUACCACAUAUGUAAGGAAGAGUAUGAGUUUGACUGGGUUCGAACAACAGAUUUUUCAGCAUCAAGGACCAUUGGCCAGUCUACUUAUUUUUGUUGGAUGCUUCAUGAAAGUACUGAUAUUGCCAUCAUUAAAAAGAGUUUCCCACACCAUAAAGAGAUUCAAACCCUAUAUCUUGACAAAGGAGUAUCCUUUUGCUCUUCCUCUGAUCUGGUGCCCAUCAUUAAUACUUUGCCUGAUUGCAAGUUGGCUUAUGAAAUCCUUUUCCAGCUCAAUGCUUUGGUUCAUGCUGGGAAGAUAAGUGGCCCUACCAUUGGGCAAGAUUUGCUUGAUAUCUUAGCAGGGAAUGAAAAUGUUGCAAAAUUAGCCCUCGCAAAGUUGCAUAAAUCAGAAGCUACUUGUUAUGAUCCUCUGCAGAUUAUUCAAAGACACAUCAAUGAUAUCACGAGGAACAAAAAGAAGCUUCAAUCUCCAAGCUCGAGCAAAUUAGAAGAUCACAAUCUUAUGAACUGUCACAGAGCUCUUGUGACUCCCUCAAAGGUUUACUUUUUGGGUCCCGAGCUCGAAACUUCUAACUACAUCGUGAAGCACUUUGCAGCUUAUGCUGAUGAUUUCCUCAGAGUUUCUUUCGUCGAUGAGGAUUGGUCUAAGCUUCCUUCUGAUGCACUUUCUCCAAAACUUGAAAGUGGUUUCUUUGCAAAGCCAUAUAGAACAAACAUUUACAAACGUAUUGUCUCUGUUCUUAGAGAUGGGAUUGUUUUGGGGAGUAAAAGAUUUGAAUUCUUGGCCUUCUCUGCCAGUCAAUUACGUUCAAAUGCUGUUUGGAUGUUUGCUUCUAAUGAAAACAUAUCUGUGGAAAGUAUAAGAGAAUGGAUGGGUGAAUUUAAAAAUCUUCGCUGCAUAGCUAAAUGUGCAGCAAGAAUGGGGCAGUUAUUUAGUUCUUCCACACCAACAUUAAGUGUACCACUCCAUGAGGUUCAAGUCAUUCCUGAUAUCGAAGUUACCACCGACGGCAUCGAGUACUGCUUCUCUGAUGGGAUUGGAAAAAUUUCUCUCGCUUUUGCAAGGCAAGUUGCUAGAAGGUGUGGGUUGAAGCAGCCACCUUCAGCUUUCCAGAUUAGAUAUGGUGGGUAUAAAGGAGUGAUAGCAAUUGACCCCACUUCUUUUCAUAAGCUUGCAUUGCGGCCCAGCAUGCAGAAGUUCAACUCGAACAAUACGAUGCUUUGUGUUACCAAGUGGAGCCAGUCAAUGCCAUGCUAUUUGAAUCGUGAAAUCAUAACACUCCUAUCCACAUUGGAAAUAGCAGACCACAAGUUUGAAGCAAUGCAGAAACAACAGAUGACCCUUUUGGAUGACAUGCUAACAAAGAGAGAUGUAGCUCUAAAUGUCUUGGAGGACAUGAUUGUUGGCGAUUACAAAGAGGUUUUAACGAAAAUGCUGCUUCAUGGAUGUGACCCAAGUACUGAGCCUUAUCUCUCAAUGAUGCUUCAAGCUCUCCGAGAUCAUCAAUUGUCUGAUAUUAGAAGCAAGUGUCGCCUGUUUGUAUCAAAAGGUCGAGUGCUCUUGGGUUGCUUAGAUGAAUCUGGCACCUUAAGCCAAGGAGAAGUGUUUCUUCGAGUUACUAUGACGAAAGCAGAGCUAGAAAAUGAUGGUCAACCUUUCUUUGAAAGAAUUGAUGAGACAACAUCUGUAGUAGUUGGUGCUGUUGUAGUUACCAAAAAUCCAUGUCUUCACCCUGGUGAUGUUAGAGUACUACAAGCAGUUAGUGGACUGGAAUUAGUGGAUCAGGGUAUGGUUGAUUGCUUAGUGUUUCCACAAAACGGAGAAAGGCCACAUCCCAAUGAAUGUUCGGGUGGUGAUUUGGAUGGUGAUUUAUUUUUUGUGUGUUGGGAUAAGGAUCUUAUACCAACCACUAAUGAUCCAGCCAUGGACUAUUUAGGACGCAGGCCACGUAUCAUGGACCAUGAAGUAACGAUGGAGGAAAUCCAAGAAUUCUUUGUGGACUACAUGAUCAACGACAACUUGGGGGCCAUAUCGAACGCGCAUUUGGUCCUUGCAGACCGAGAAAAGAGCAAGGCCCGAAGCCCUAAAUGCAUUGAACUUGCAAAACUUCACUCUAUGGCCGUGGACUUUGCAAAGACUGGUGCACCAGCUGAAAUGCCGAGAUCCUUAAUGCUUAAAGAGUACCCUGAUUUCAUGGAAAGAGGCGAAAAGUCCACAUAUGCUUCACCAGGCAUACUGGGAAAGCUCUAUCGCCUUGCAAAAGAAGCAAGCAAUUCUCAGAGUUUCGAGUUGGUUUCGUCCAAAAAUGUUGCCUUACCUUUCUAUGACACCAACUUGUUAGCUAAGGGAUUUGAGGAGUUCAUUGAGCUUGCAGUGAAGCACAAGGAGGCAUAUGGACAGAAGUUGCAAGAAUUGAUGGACUACUAUGGUGCAGAGAGCGAGAGUGAGAUUCUGAGCGGAAAUAUAUCAAAGAAAUCAGGGUAUUUGCAAAGAGAUAAUAGAAAAUAUGGUGAAGUUAAGGACAGGAUAUUGAUUGCUGUGAAGAAUUUGCAGAGAGAAGCACAAGGCUGGUUCAAGAGUAGUUGUGAGCCUAACCAGAGUUCUAAAUUGGCAUCUGCUUGGUACCAUGUUACAUACCGCCCAGACCAUUUUUCGAAGGUUAAUUUCUUUAGCUUCCCAUGGAUUUUGGCUGAUGUGUUGCUUAACAUCAAGGCCUUCAAAAGCCAAAUGAGGUGAGAGAGGGCGUGAGCGAGAGAGAUUUGUUCAUUUAGGUGUGGAUAUGUAGAAGUUAUACAACAUUGUAAAGAGGGGGUUGUAGAUGCUAGAGAGAGAGAGAGAGAGAGAGAGAGAGAGAGAGAGAGAUACUUAAUUUUACUUCACUGUUCUACUUGU